AUGUCUUCACCAGCCAUCCUUCCCGACGGCCCAUACUGUCGAAACUACUUCUUCGUUGGCGGCGAGUACGUGGCGGAUGACUCCAAAUUCGGCGGAUGCAUCAUGAAAGGCCAAACGUACGUCGAACACCUGGUCCCAAUCCAUGGAGUGCGACGUCGGUUCCCCCUGAUCUUCGUCCACGGAGGAGGCCAAAGUGGACUGAACUGGCUGCACACGCCGGACGACCGUCCGGGAUGGGCGUCGUAUUUCCUGGACCAGGGGUUUGCCGUCUACAUCAUGGACACGCCGUCCAGGGGCAGGUCCGCUCCCGAUUUCCGGGAGCAUCACACGACGUACUCGACCGGGUUUGUCGAGCAGUGGUUUACCUCGCCGUCGCCUUCGUCGCAGUGGCCCCAGGCGGCGUUGCACACCCAAUGGCCCGGUACCGGGCGUCGGGGUGACCCGAUCUUUGAUGCCUUCUAUUCCACCACGUACCCCAGCGUCACCGAUCUAUGCGCAUAUCAGGAAGCCCAGAAACAGGCGAUCGUGGCACUCCUCAGGCGAAUUGGAAGUCCCAGCAUCCUGGUGACACACUCUCAAGGCGCCCCGGGAGGCUGGCUCGCCGCCGAUGCAUGCCAGCAACUUGUGAGCGCCAUCGUCGCCGUGGAGCCCAACGGUCCUCCGUUCGCCGGCACGCAUCCCCAUAACGGCGAGCCGGCGAGGAAGUGGGGACUGGCAGACGUCCCCAUCGAAUACUCGCCUCCAGUCACGGCCGUCUCGGAGUUGGAUUUGGUCACGAUUCCCUCCUCAGAGCCGGGCAGAGACCCCACGGUGCUCCAGAGCGAAGGGGACGGACGCGUCAUCCGCAAACUGAAGAAUCUCCAGCAGAUCCCCGUCCUGGUCGAGGUCGGCGAGGCCAGCUACCACGCCCCGUACGACCACGCCACGGUGGCCUAUCUCCGCCAGGCUGGGGUCCCCUGCGACUUCAUCAGGCUGGAGGAGUUGGGCAUCAAAGGCAACGGACACAUGCAGAUGCUGGAGCUCAAUAACCUGGAAAUUGCCAAGGUGCUGGACAACUGGAUUCAGGCUAAGGUGGAGAGUAGUAAUUCAUGAUGCUUUCCCAAGCUUCAACUUGGGGAAGAAGGUCCUCUAUUGGCUUCAUCUAGACAGAGGUGGCAUGUUUCGUCAUGAUGGGGGCAAAGAGUGGGAAAGAUAGAUAUACGCUGGAGAAGACGAUCGAUG